AUUACUGGAGAUGGUAAAUAUGGGAUUGGUACACCUAUCAUGUUACUACGAGGCUCGGUAAGUUUCAAUCUUUGAAGAUAGCCAUGAACACGAAAAAAGAUCACUGUUUGAGAUUAUUAGAUAAAAAUUGAGGGAUUAAUUUAAUCCUAAUUAUCGUGACGUCACACUGUUAAUUUCAGUGAGUUGAUUUAACUGCAAUGGAGUUAUUUGGAACCUAAUUUCACUUCACAUUUGGAGAUCAGAAUACCUCCACUAGAGUUAAGUUAAUUCCCUGGAAUUAACAGGGCAUUUUGGGAUAGCAGUAUGGAACUUAGGUUAAAAUUCUAUAAAUAUAUUUCACUUUAUUUUUUUUUCAAAAUCUUUAGUAUAGAAAUAGUAUGGAUCUCAGUUGAAAAUACAGUAGUUUUGAAAUUUCAUACUGUACAUGGAAAUAGUAUGUACUAUUUAAAACACGAGCAGGAGUAAGGAAUGUUUUAUCAGAUAUAAAACACGAGGCGCAGCCGAGCGUUUUAUAUCUGAUAAAACACGACAGAGAGUGUUUUGAAUAGCUUAAAAUACGACUGCAAAAGAAUACUAAUUAGGAUGAACAGUUAUAUAAUCAUACUAAUUAGGAGGAACAAUUAUAUAAUCAUACUAAUUAGGAUGAACAAUUAUAUAAUCAUACUAAUUAGAAUUAACCAUUAUAUAAUCAUACUAAUUAGGAUGAACAAUUAUAUAUCAUACUAAUUAGGAUGAACCAAUAUAUAAUCAUACUAAUUAGGAUGAACAAUUAUAUAUCAUACUAAUUAGGAUGAACAAUUAUAUAUCAUACUAAUUAGGAUGAACAAUUAUAUAAUGCCAGGUGCUUUAUCAGAUAUAAAGUCUCUCCACGUGACAUAUUUGUGACGAUUUGCCACAAGGUAUCUAAUUACGGGAACCACUCACUAUUUUAAGAAAAUACAAAAUAACAGUAACUCCGAACAUUUUUAAUCGACGUUUCAACCAGUUUGUGGUCAUCCUCAGGAUUAAUAAAAGUGUAAAAUUACAGAUGCAGCUAUUAUAUUAUUUCAACUACGGUGCGAAAGCUUCCAAAGAACUUCUCAUAUUUCAUUGACAUUUAGCUCCGCCUUUCUUGGCUUUAUAUAGCUGCAUCUGUAAUUUUACACUAUUAUUAAUCCUGAGGAUGACUACAACCUAGUCGAAACGUCGAUUAAAGAUCAAAAUGUUAUUCGGAGUUACUGUUAUUUUAUAUUUAUUAUGGAUAUACUAUGGCUUUAGUGAUGCAAAUUCUACAGAAUGAAUUUCACUAUUUUUUCAAAUGUUUCAUGAACUAAACCCGAUUGGAAAAAGCUAUAAAACGUUUCCCAAUAAGUCCUUUGAAAUAAGAAAUACACACUCUAUUGCCAUAUCCCUAUAUAAGUUAUAAUUUUGAUGAUUUAACACAUGCGUUAUUUUUGUCGUCAUACAGUAGUUCACACGUGGUCACCCAUUGUUGUUUUUAUAUUUUAGACGAAUCAGCGCCUUGCUCAGUAUUUAAAACGAAAUAAAGAAUAUGGCAGUGGCAAGUAAGUGAAAAUGCGAUGACAAUCGAGGCGUCGUGAAAUUAAUGAGCUUUUUACCACCUUCGCUGUCUGGGACCAUACAGUAAAUGAAUCCAAAUGUUUAGUAUACGGGAUAUUCGUGCAUUUGAAGUCUUUGAAAAACUCACGAGUGUAAUUAUGUUUUUUCCAAAUUAGACAAGAAACCAUACUAUUACUUAUUAAUAAUAUUUACAUGAAAAAAUUGAAAAACACUUUAAUUCUCACUUGUUUGAGUGGCACAACAACUAAUAUAGGUUUUCAACUCAAAACGUUAUUCAAAAUGACUUUCGUUUAAGUGCUUGUCACGUAUUUUGCACCACACAAUAGUUCGAUAAAAUUGCACUCCUCUUAGACAAUAGAAUCGAGUAAUUUUCGCAUGUACUGUUUAUUAUUAAGUGAGAAACUCGACGCUUUCGUUUAGUGUUUCAUAUUUGUGUUUACUUCAUGAAUUAUUAAUUCAUUUGCAAUUUCAUUUUAUUGUUUCCUCAUUAUUCUGUCUCGUAGAUAUCGCUCUGAGAAGUGGUGGAAAGCUUUUGGUAAGGCAGUUCCCUUCGUAUUUAUAGCUUUACUAUCAAAAUCAAUAACUUCACUGUAAAAUUUCCCUCGAAGUGCAUUAUAUUAUUCAACUUUUUGAGUCAAAAUUGUUUGCAGUGAUUGUUAUUAAACGCACAGUUACUAUAAUUCAUGCAAGGGCGGACACCUCCUGAAAUAUUGGGAGUGCGAAUUAAGAUUGCCAAGAUAUUGUAACCUUUUUGUUGCUGUAAAUUUCAUUCUACAACGUUUUUCGCCGAAAUUUGCUUAAAUAAGAGGCAUCAGUCCUUCGUCGUUGAAAAUAAAUAAUGAAUAAUUAAUCAGCUGUACGCCGAGUCAAAUUUCCGAUUGGGUCAUAUUUGGAGUCCUGUAUUAAAGCUUCAUACAAAUGAAUGAAGAAAGUGCUAAAUAGUUACAAGUACUGGCGCUUGUAACUCUUCUAUUACAUGCUACUUAGUAUGCAAAAAUAUAUGAAACCCAAUUCAAGCGCUUCUAACACGCACACUCCUCUAUUGUUCACUACAGAAUUGAUGUAUAAUUUUUGACAUGUUUUAUCUACUGUAGCACGCCAGUUAACAUGUGAGAACUAUCUCUGUGAGAAAGCAGUCGACAAUGGAUGGGGCGCUACCACAGCUAUGACAGGUAAUGAAUAUUUACAACAGCUAAGGGACCGGUCAUUAUUUAUGGUGGGGGGUGGCACCGAAGAGAAAAUGGUUGGGUAAACUAAAUUUUGAGUAAGUAAAAGGUUGGGUAAAUGGAAAACAAAACAACUCAAGGGUUGGGUAAUAAAAAGUUAUAGUCAUAUGUCAACACAAUAUGUGAAUCAAUCAGGCCCGUUUCAUACGUCGCACUAUCGUCGAAUUUAAUUCAGACGAAUUUAAUUGAACCAAUUAAAUGCGACGUUAGUGCGUCGUAUGAAACGAAUUAAAUCCGUCUGAUGAAUUAAAUUCGUCCAAGACGUUGUAUCCGUCAUGGGCAGACGGAUACAACGUCUGUAGGGCGUCUUCGUUUCAUACGACGUGUUAUCGUCGUGUCGAAUUAAAUGCAUAAAUUAUGUUAAAGUCUGUUUCUCUCUUUCUGGUCUCGUGGUUUUUACUUCUGGGUAAUCCAUGAUCGCUAGACAUGAAAUGAAUUCGUCUGAAUUAAAUUCGUCGUUUGAAACGAAACCAUUUUAGUGUCGACCAAUUGACGAAUUUAAUAACGAAUUAAAUUCGUCUGAAUUAAAUUCGACGUAUGAAACAGGCCUCAGUCACUGUCUUGAUCAUUUUCCAAUUUGUUAGAAGACAAAUGGUGUCUUCAAAGAAAGCACAUGUGCAGACAACAUGAUACAUUAGACUGCAGCAAAUUUCACAAGCAGUUAUCAAACUCCUCAGUGUCACAGAAAUCGGGUAAAGGACAUAUGUGACAACUGAAUGGUAAUCUUUUGUAAAGUUUAAUUUUGGCCAGGGGUGGGCAUUUAUUUUUUACUUGAUAUUUGAGGUUGGGUAAUCAAAUUUUUUACUUUUUAAUGGUUGGGUCAGCAAAAUGUUUGCUACGAAAAACAUUUCUCUUCGGUGCCACCCCCCACCAUAAAUAAUGACCGGUCCCUAAACUAUAUACAGUAGACCUCCCUUAAGGAGGCUCCCUACAGUAGCAUGCGAAAUGUUCGCGGAACCAGUACGUGGACUAUCCCACGCAACCGUGCGAUCAAAACAAAACAAAAAUUGACCGGGCUUUUUUUUGUAAAUAAGCUAUUUCUGAAAGGCUUCUAAUGAAAAAAAAGCGUUGAAUAAUACUUCAUUUUGAGUUCGAAAUCACUUGCGAGUCUAUACAACAAUUCUACAUAUGAUACGAAUAUCGCUAGACCAAAAAAUAGCUAGGAAACAAUGUUGUUUCCAACUGGAAGUCAUUCGACUGUCGUACAGUGUGUAGAUGGCAAGUGAUCGCCUCAGUACCUGUAGUUCUUGUUUGAAAUCGGCAGACGAUGUAGUUUCACGUUUGUGAUUUCAAACAUGUACGGCUGUCGCCAUCUCUCGCUAUCUAAAGCUCCGUAUUAAUCUGAACGAUUUUAGCAUUCACCGAUGAAUAUAAUCAUUAUCCAUCCUCAGAGCUGUUGCCGUGUCCUCCGGUUGUCGUUCCGCAGCAAAAACUAACCUUUUUACCCUGGCCAUGCUCUGUGAUUAACUUCGAUAAUAUUAUGACAACCAGAGUAAGUAUAAGCAUUCGAAGCGACGACGUUUGACCUGCAUGCACCCAUUGCAAUUCAGCACUCAGAUGCAAAAAAGGAUCGUACCCUCACUUACCUUCAUUUCGUAAUAUCUUUAUUAUGUCACGUUUUCUGCCAGAUAAAGACGUUCAUUGAAUUAAUUGUUAAAAACCAUCACUCAGAAUUUUAUAGAGAAAUUUAUAUGAAACGUUGUUUCUUGUCUAGCCAAGGCGCACAAGUGGUUCAACACAUCAAAUAAUGAUGAUUGUAGUUUGAAGUUGGAACCAAGCCAGGUACAGCGAACUACAUCUUCCUUUUUCACUCAUGUUUAGCGCUUAUGCAUUUUAAAAUCUUAAACCGGUUACAGACGAGCAAGUUUUCUAUGACAAGUUUUUAUAUGACAAGUUUUUAUGUGACAAGUUCAAUUUCCGCUCGUAAUACAAACAAAUACAAAAUUUGCAAACUUCGCAAGGCUAUAUUUUCCAAGCUCUACAACAUUUCGCAACCAAAGUUUGCAAUUUUACUAAUUUUGUUAUGUUCUUUUUAGCUGUGGUGUUUUCUUGUGAGCUGUAGCUCUUUAUUUAGAUUAAAAUUUAGUCUAACAUAGCCAUUUUCUGUGCAUUUGCCUGUCGCGAAAAGUGUCAAUUAUUUUUAAGGAUUUUCUCUGUCGUUCAUUAGUGAGGUUUAGAUUUGAGAACCACACCGCUACAUCUCGCAGGCUUAAUAGGUAUUUGAGUGGUUAUAAUCGAGUAGGUUAAGUGCAUCUCAUUGGUUAAUGGUCGCGGUAGUGGGAGUGAAAAUCUGAACCUCUCUAUCUUAAUCUUUCUUACAGGACAUGUUAGAUCAAGAAAAAGACACUUCAGUCAAACAUGUUGUAACUGUGAAUGUUUCGGCGCUUACCCCACAGAGGGUCGCUCCAGGCUUAUGGAGUACACGACGUCCGCUGCUUCAAAUUCCCUCAGUUGAAAAAACGGAAGAACCAAUCUCGAAACGAGAGUCCGAGCUCGAGGUAAUGCCUAGAUCAAACGACACGCUAAUCAAAGAGGGAAUAAUUGGUCUUAUCCCCGAGCCACGUUCCGGGCGUAAGUCCGUGCGAGGGUACUAAUUCCGCUCGGCUAUUUACACCCGGGGAAAGGAAAGCAUUAAGCGAAGUCUAAAGGUCAAUAAUCGCGGGCGCGUGACUAUGGUUCAUGGGUGGACCACAUUAAACUAUAAGUAAACAGGAAAGAUAACUCCUAUGAUAAAGGCCUAUGUUUGGGUGAAGCCAAAUUUCGUGCGCUCAAGUAUAGCCUGUUCGCAGGUAUGUAUACGAAAAUAAAUACACAAAAUUUUUCACGAUGUAUUUGUACUAAUUUAAUCCUUAAUUUUAACUUAUUAAAGUAUGUUUCUGGAUGUUUGGACUCCAUUAACAACUGUAUCUAAGAUUAUUCUACAUAAAUUGUAUAAAAUUGUCUCUGAUCUCUUUUCGGAAAGUCUAAAAACUCAGAAAAACUAUACAUUUCCGCGCGGAUUUUGCCGAGUUUCGUUUUGUUCGUUUCAUAUUUCGGCAGGUUAAUUUAAAUCUUACAUUAAAUCGAAGCUGACGAAAUGCAAAACAACAUACCUACAGUACAUAUUUCGGAAAUUGAUUUUUAUACACUAGUUAAAAGCAAUAAUCUUUCAACUAUUUUUGGCGUGUUGUACAAAAAAUAUAAUAAACGUUAUCGUAAACGCGAGCCUGUGUUCACUGUUGAUCAAAUACUAAUACUUGAAAUAUAGUGCAAAAAAUGAAACACAGUGCAAAAAAGAGAUAUACUGCAAAUUUCUUAAUUUUUCAAAUUUCUAACUGUGACCACAUAAUUUUUUUCAUGUAUAUUUUAAUAAAUAAUAGUAUUAUGGUUUUUCGUGCAAUUUGAAAAAACAUACACUCGUAAGUUUUCAAAGUCUUCAAAUUUUGAUAGUCUUUGAGAAAUUCACUCGUACAUGUUUUUUCCGAAUCGCACCUGAAACCAUACUAUUACCUAUACUAAUAUUGCAAUUUAAUUUUCAGGGUGCUCUAUAUGCUGACUUACUAAAACUCCGUGGUAAACUUGCAAGUCGAGAAGGAUAUGCUCCGUACAUGAUUGCCAGUAAUAAACAGAUGAUCGAUAUUGCUAGAUACAGGUAAUAAAGAUGGUGUACGUUUCUUUCACUUAUCUGAUCUCUAAAUACAGGUAAUAGUCAGGGAGGUGGCGGGCAAAAAAUAAGUGUUCACUUACUUUUUCGAGGGGCAAAUUUAUUUUAUGAUAGAUGUGUAGUACCAAGCCUGAUAAUGUUGGUUUCAAAUGUUGUUUUCUUCACUUUUUCUUGUGUGAGGUAGUCAACACUGUUUUAUGUCAGCCAUAUCGCAUUCAAAUGCCGCCAUUUUGUUUACAAAUAUUUCUUUGAAGAAAUGAGCCCGCGUUGUUUUGGCCAGUGGUUCGUGCAGAAACUUCAAAUAAGCAUGUUAAAUGCGGAAAAUUACUUACUUUCCACAUGUGGCAUAUUCAGCUAUCAAAUUAACAAAAAUUGUUGUAAAAUCAUUUGAAAUUUGAAAAAUUUCUAAAAUUAUGUCCAAAAAAGUUAGAAGGUUGCAACCUCUUGAGGUUAAAAUAAAUUUGACACCGCCUAAAAAGAAAAAAAAGUUUAUGUGCAUUCUUAAUUGUAAGCAUGACAACGAUGAAUGCAUAACAAAAUUCAGCAAAACAUCUCGUGAGGUGGUCUAUAAGGCAGCACAGUUGCGAAAUGAUGAUGGCGUCAUUUCUAUUCUGGAUUCUUUUGGAGAAAACCAUCCUUCCUCUUGCUAUGGAUACCAUCGAAAGUGUUACCAGAAAUACACACACAAACGGUUGCUGCAAAAGUUACACGAGGAAACAAUCGAACCAGAGGCGUCAACUUCAACUGCUAGUACCGACACAGAAAUUGCU